AUGAAGUUGUUUCAUCCGUUUUCUUACGGAGGGCAGAAUUGCUUUCCCACAAGCGAUUUAGAGCAGAUUGUAAAAGAAAGUGAAGCGUAUUUGGAUAGAUUCACUUCUGAUGCUCCAUUUUCAGACAUAGCUGCUGAGUCUGUUCUAAUCGAAGCCAAAAAGCUUGGCAUUCUUAGUCAUUCUACGUAUGAGAGUAUUGUUACCUUGCAGCAGGAAGAAAGUGAUGAUUUUAAGUCAAAAGCUGUCUCUAAAUUUGCGUCGAAAGAUGGUAUACCAUCUUCAAAUGAUGCAGUAGCAGCUGCUUUGAACAAUUUUGUUAUUAUGCCUGGCCAAGUAGGACUUGUCGAAGAGGUGCGCCACAUGGUGGAUGCUGAUUGGUUGUAUCUUUCGGACUUGUCGAAGAAGAACAAGGCAAAUGUGGGACCACCAGAAGAAAAUAAUCAUCAGGAUGAUGAUAAAUGCAGCAGCAGCAGCUAUUAUGGUAUAUUGUCGGCAAGUAGAGCUAUUGAAUGCUUAAAGUGUAUUCCAGUUGCUGCCAGAAGAAGUAUGCCUGUCCUGGUUAAUGCUCAAGGACUUGUAUUGAGUAUUCCGAGCAUCGGGUUCGCACAAUGCCCUCAUUUGAUGAAGGUGUCUGUUGUAUUCAGUCCUAGGAUACCUCUAGGUGGAGGUCAUACCUCAUUUUUGUAG